CUGUUCUGCAAUUCGAUCCUUGACCGACAAGUCCACCAUUUUUCUUCCCUCUUAAGUUUCACCCAUCUUCAUAAGCAACCUCUCUUUCACUUUGCUUAAUUCGAUCAAUCUUCGCCUCACGCACGCACGCUUGCAGAAUCUUUAUAUUGCCAUGUCUUCUCCACCAAAACGCUCUCAAAAUCCCACCAACCCGCUGUACCCAGAAGUGAUCCUCUCCAACCCAGAAUCGACUACGCCGUUCUCCGCGACCCCCACUUCGUCUUCUUCUUCUUCCUCGUCUCUGUAUCCUCCCGUCGACAUGAAAGAAGUUGCCGAGAACCUCAUCCAGGAAAGCGACAACCUUUAUUCCCAACCGUCCGAAGAAGCCCUUGUUAAGGUUCCCGGCGCGAUCGUCCACCUCAUCCAAACCGAGAAAAGUAUCGAGCUUGCUUGCGGCGAACUCGCCAUAGUCGGCCUCAAGCAAGGCGACAACGUGAUCGCGGUCCUCGCGCGCGUCGGCGACGAGAUCCAGUGGCCUCUGGCCAAGGACGAGCCGGCGGUUAAGCUCGACGAUACCCACUAUUUCUUCACUCUGCGUGUACCGGGGAAUGGGGCUGUGGAGGAUGAUCGCGGGGAGGGUGGCGAUUUCGAAAUGCUGAACUAUGGAUUGACUUUUGCGGCGAAAGGGCAAGAUGGUUUGCUGAAGGAGUUGGAUAGGGUUUUGGAGAUGUACAGUUGCUUUUCGGUGCAGGAGGUGAAGGAGAUGGAGAAUUGGGAGAUGGUGGCGAGGGAGCUGUCGCCGGACGACUUGAGGUCGAAGGAGAAGAAGGAGUUGGUGGAGGAGAAUUCGGCCGCAUAUUGGACCGCGCUGGCGCCAAACGUGGAGGAAUACAGCGGGCGGGUGGCAAGGCUGAUCGCGGCCGGGUCAGGGCAGCUGAUCAAGGGGAUUCUGUGGUGUGGUGAUGUAACAGUGGAUAGAUUGAAGUGGGCAGAUGAGUUCUUUAGGAGGAGGUUGGGCCCUGCUUCUAAGUCAGAGAUUAGUGCAGGAUCUAUGGAGAGGAUUAAAAGGGUUAAAAAGCUGACGAAGAUGUCAGAGGAAGUGGCGACCGGAAUCCUUUCUGGAGUUGUGAAAGUAUCUGGCUUCAUCACUGGUUCAAUUGUAAAUUCCAGAGCCGGCAAGAAAUUUUUCAGCCUCCUUCCAGGAGAGAUUGUGCUUGCUUCUUUGGAUGGGUUUAAUAAGGUUUGCGAUGCUGUUGAAGUUGCUGGAAAGAAUGUCAUGUCAACUACAUCAGUGGUGACGACGGGACUUGUUUCACAGAGGUAUGGAGAACAAGCGGCUCAUGCAACAAACGAAGGCCUAGAUGCUGCAGGACAUGCUAUCGGGACUGCUUGGGCUGUGUUUAAGAUAAGAAAGGCCAUUAAUCCAAAGAGUGUUUUGAAACCCACGACUCUUGUAAAAGCAGCCGCCGAGGCCAAUUCUGCUGAUGUGAAGGCCGAAGGCAAGAAGAAUGGCAGUUGAGAAGACCUCUCUUCCUCAUGGCUGCUUAUCUUGAGGGAGAACAGGCUCAUUUGUGUGGAAAAAAGAAAGGGGAGAGAGAGAGAGAGAGAGAGAGAUGAAACAUUUCACAUUCUCUGUAUAAAAGAGUUCUGUCUUUUCUUUUUAUGUGUAAUAUAAAUUUAAAUCUGUUCGUUGCUUUUC